CCAUGGACUACAGACGCUCGUCCGUCUAUCCUCGUCAUUCAAUAUUUCCUGGAGCUACUGGGAUUGGAUCAGGAUCUAAAGAGGCGGAUGGUCCACGACCGUAUCUCCCCCAUCUAGAAGCCUGCAUCAACGCGACAAAUCAGAGCACAAACACGCUCAAGGCGCUCUUAGAGGAUUUCAAGGAUGGUACCGGAGAUCUGCCGAGGCUGACGAAGGUUCUCGAGAAUAACCGCCUGUUUGUUCUUAUUAAUGAGGACGUCUUAAGAAAAUACAAAGCGCAGCUAGUGGAGGAGAUAGAACCGCAAGUUAGCGAGCUUAUCUCAAAGGCAGAAAAGUCAUUGGGAGUCUUAGAAAGGCGAGAGGCUCAGCUGCAGAAGAAGGUGGAGGCACAGCAGAACGAGGGAUCUACCAAGCCUGCCAUCCCUGUGGCUGCCAACAAAGGAGAGGAGAGGAGGUUAAAACUGAUGGCUGCGCGAAGGGAUCGGUUGAUGAAAGAGUUGAAGGCAUUGGAAGAAGAGGUGGAAUCCCUGGGAGCACACCUUGGGGAGGGUCUGUAA